AUGCCCACCAUCAGUUCUGGAAAGGUCCUGGUUACAGGAGCGAACGGCUUCGUGGCGACAUGGGUCGUGUACUCGCUGCUUGAGCACGGCUAUAGCGUGCGCGCCUCCGUGAGGUCGGAAGGAAAGGGGGCACACUUGUGCAAGAUCUUCGCGUCGUACGGCGACAAGUUUGAGCUUGCGAUCGUCCCAGACAUAACAUCGCCAGGGGCAUUCGACGAGGCAGUCAAAGGCGUAGACGCAAUCGAACACACGGCGUCACCAGUCCACCUCAACGCCGACGAUCCCGACGAGUUUAUCGUUCCCGCGGUCAAAGGGACAAUCGGCGUGCUCGAGUCCGCGCUCGCACACGGCACCUCGGUCAAGCGCGUCGUGUACACCUCGUCCUGCGUGUCGAUACUCCGCAUACCGGAGCAGCCGACGGUCUUCUCGGAGAAGGACUGGAACGAGCAGGCAGUGGAGGAUGUGAAGGCGAACGGCCGCAACGCGACGGGACUCAGUAAGUACAGCGCGAGCAAAGUCCUCGCGGAACGCGCGGCCUGGGAAUUUGUGGAGAAGAACAAGGCCAGGAUCGCGUGGGACCUCGUCGUGGUUAACCCGCCGUACGUAUUUGGGCCGACCCUUAAUGAGGUGGACAAACCGGAGUCCCUGCAUUCGAGCAUGGAUGAAUGGUUCAAGGCCGUAUGCGGGGGCAUCUACAACACCGCGCCUUGGGGAUCUGACGGAGGCCCCGACUAUAUUGACGUACGCGACCUUGCACUGGCACAUGUUCUGGCGAUCCAGAAAGAGGGCGCUGGUGGAGAGCGUCUCAUUAUCUCCUCGGGCCCAUGGAAGUGGCAAAACUUCACAAUCGCCGGUCGUAAGAUUGGAGCUGCGAUUCCGGCUGGGAACACGUCCUACGAUCCGGCUAAAGCAACUCACUUGAUCAUGUACGAUGCGUCGAAGGCGCCGAAGGUCCUCGGUAUCAGGUAUCGCUCGAUUGAUGAGACCACGCGAGACAUUCUCGAGGAUUACAAGGCGCGGGGCUGGGUUAAAUUUGACUGA